UUUCAGUUGUAUCUGCAGUUAAAGGGUCGCAGCAACCCGGGGGUUCGAAUGUGAACAAUGAAUCGGUGAAAAUGUGUCCGCUGGAGAUCUGAGCGCUUUGCUUGCAUCUGCGAGAAUUUUAUCGUGAAAGAGCCUCACUCCGGGGGUCUGACGCGGCAGAGUAGGUUUCCCUGGCGAUGGAUAUGGACAUGCUCUACAUGCUGCUGGUUGCAGGGGGAACGCUGGCCCUCCCAAUUCUGGCCUUCCUGGCCUCCUUCUUCCUCUGGCCCUCCACCCUCAUCAAUAUUUACUACUGGUACUGGAGGCGGACUCUGGGGAUGCAGGUGCGCUAUGUGGACUGUGGGGGGUACCGGUUCUGUUACUCCGUUCGGGGCAAGCCCGGGACACGCCCCUCCAUCCUGCUGCUGCACGGAUUCUCCGCCCACAAGGACAUGUGGCUGUCCGUGGUCAAGUUCCUCCCAAAACACCUGCACCUGCUGUGUGUGGACAUGCCGGGUCACGCUGGGACCAGCCGCACCUGCGCCGACGACUACAGCAUCCUGGGCCAGGUGCGGCGGAUUCACCAGUUUGUUGAGAGUGUUCGCCUGAAUAAGAAGCCGUUCCACUUGGUGGGCACGUCCAUGGGGGGGAGCGUGGCGGGGGUGUACGCCGCCCGGUACCCUGCCCACGUCUGCGGCCUCACACUCAUCUGCCCUGCAGGGCUGAGGUACCCCACUGAGAGCCGGUUCCUGAAGCAGCUCCAGGCUCUGCGGAGGGCAGGCGUGUCUGAGGGCCUCCCCCUGAUCCCCUCCACCCCCCAGGAGAUGGAGGACAUGCUGCAGCUCUGCUCCCAUGUCCGCUUCAAGGUCCCACAGCAGAUUCUCCAGGGCCUGGUGGAUGUGAGACUUCCACACAACGACUUUUAUAAAGAAGUGUUUAUGAAGAUAGUGGAGGAGGACUCUCGACACUGCCUGCAGGAUCACAUGACCCAGAUCGCAGCCCCGGUGCAAGUCAUCUGGGGAAAGCAGGACCAGGUGCUGGAUGUGUCGGGGGCGGAGGUGCUGGUCGGGGCUCUGCCCGGUUGUGAGGUGCAGCUGCUGCAGAACUGCGGCCAUUCUGUGGUGAUGGAGCGACCGCGCAAAACGGCCAAGCUUGUCCUGGACUUCAUCAUCGCACAGCAGGGCCUCCAGAGCUCCAGCAGCAAGAAGCAGUCCUGAGAGAGAGAGAGAGCGCCCCCUGGAGGCUGGGAGGGCACAGCAGUCCAGCACUCCCUUAGAUUAAUGAUUCUGUUUCUGUUUCCGUUCAUCUGGUCUCUCAGGGAGUCUUUUCUGUUUGUUUGUUUUUUAGAAUAACAACAUGAACAAUAAAAGCCCUCUACUGCA